UUAAAAAAGGAAAAAAAGCAAGGAAGAAGGAGAAGAAAAUAAACUAAGAAUCUCUCCUCGGAUUCGGUUUCAUUGAUCUUUUGAAACCCUAGCCAUGGCGUCUGCGACAAAUUUUGGACAAAGUUAAAAUCUGCUUGUAACCGCCAUUGUCGCCUUACUAGCCGUAUAAUGGCUGGUAAGCCACCGGAAAAUGAACAUGCUCUUCCUAUCAUGUUAUCGGCUAGGGUUUCAUUUAGUUCUCGUUCUCGAUCUUCAGGCAUUUCAAAGCCCUAUUUGAUUGAUGGUCUGAGAACGCGGAUCAUCAGUUUGAUCAUCUGAGGAAGAAAAGAAGAUAGAUCUAUUUCUCUUUGUUUUCCGGCUGUGUCUAACGCUUGUAGCGGUCAUGGCUUCCGGAAAAGGAUAUGUUGAGAGGAUAAGAAGAUGCAUUCGGACUGUUUUCUUCAUGUUGACGAUGGUAGCGUCACUUCUCUUUCUGUCGGCGCCUGUGCUUGUCGCUCUCGGAGAUAUGUUAGUUCUUUGUGUUUUAAUUUCGAGCUUUACGUGUGUGGGAUGCUAUAGUUUCAAAGAGCAUUUGCAUAGAUAUGGGUUCAGAAGUUCUCUCGUGGAUAUUCCCCUUGUUUCGAUCCUCAGAUCUCUCGUGAUAACCUGUGUUUAUUCUUUUUGUGAUGGCCCAGGGCUCUCUCACGGGCCUUAUCUUGGAACAGCGACACUCUGCUCCUUUGUCUCGAUACUUAUUCUAUCAGUAAAGGCUUGUAUUUUCACUGUAACUUCCAAACUUGAGGAUGAAGCUUCUUCCUCCCCAGCAAGGCAAAAGCUUCAUUUGAAAAAGUCUUGGGGAAUGCCUGUUUUGUUCCUCUCCUCAUUAGUCUUUGCUCUUGGCCAUGUUGUGGCUGCCUAUAGAACCAGUUGCAAAGCACGAAGAAAGCUCCUGUUUCACAGAGUCGACCCAGAAGCAGUUUUAUCCUGCAAGAAUGUGUUUUGUGGCUUCCAGAAGAUUCCAAAAUCUCCCACACCCUCUUCAGGGAAAACCCCAAAAAGUGACAGUGAAACAUGGAGAAAACCUUUUGGUGUAGCUCGUGAUGAAAGAGAACUUCCAGUGAGACUGCUGGCAGAUAUUGACAGUUUAUUUAUUGCCUGCCAAGGUCUUAUGCUUCAUUACAAGCUCAGCCUGUCUGAACCCUCAUCUCGGUCUAUUGCAUCCCCUACCUUUCUUCAACCCAAUCCUAGUUGCAGCUCACCAAGAAUGACCUCAGAAAGGCCUAAAUUUGACAGGCCACCUCAAACUGUUCCAUCUAAAAUCCAGUAUCAUCAUCACUGGAGCUUUAGCAACCAAUUCCACAGUUCCUUUUUAUAUGAUCCAUUAUUAGAUGGUUCUGCAACAUCACCUGUUUAUUUGUCUGAAGAAAUUCCUGUUUUCAGCCUGGAUGAUGGAGGGCUGUCAAAUCAUGGGAGCUCGGUUGGGGAUGUAGAGGGAACUGGGAAGUUUGGCAUUGUUCUGGUGCAUGGAUUUGGUGGAGGUGUCUUCUCAUGGAGACAUGUGAUGGGAGUGCUGGCAAGACAGGUUGGUUGCACUGUUGCAGCUUUUGAUCGGCCUGGCUGGGGAUUAACUUCUCGGCCACGCAGGAAGGAGUGGGAGGAAAAGCAAUUGCCAAAUCCUUAUAAGCUUGAAACUCAGGUUGACCUGCUCCUUGCUUUCUGUUCGGAGAUGGGCUUUUCUUCUGUGGUACUUAUUGGUCAUGAUGAUGGAGGCCUUCUUGUUCUGAAAGCUGCACAAAAAGUUCAGGCAUCUACAAAUUCAGUCCAUAUAGAGAUCAAGGGCAUUGUACUUCUCAGUGUUAGCCUGUCAAGACAAAUUGUCCCUGCUUUUGCUAGGAUUCUUCUUCGUACUUCCCUGGGAAGGAAAUACUCAAUCCGCCCCCUACUACGAACUGAGAUAAUUCAAGUGGUUAAUCGACGAGCAUGGUAUGAUGCAACAAAGUUAACCACAGAGGUCUUGAGCCUCUACAAGGCACCACUAUGCAUCGAAGGUUGGGACGAAGCAGUUCAUGAGAUUGGUAGACUGUCAUAUGAAACAGUCUUUCCAUCAGAAAACGCUGCAUCAUUGCUGCAAGCGGUUGAAGACUUGCCAGUUUUGGUUGUUGCUGGGGCCGAAGAUGCCCUUGUCCCAAUUAAAUCCGCUCAAGCCAUGGCUUCGAAGCUUGUAAAUUCAAGACUGGUUGCUGUGUCAGGCUGUGGCCAUCUUCCACAUGAGGAGUGCCCCAAAGCACUACUGGCAGCUUUGUCACCCUUCAUAACCAGACUCUUAUCACCUGUCCAGCAACAUAGUUUACAAAGACAGUAG